AGGAGGAAAUGCACACAGACAGGAAGAAGAGCCGUCACACUGUAGGACAGGAUAAGCUGGACGUCCAGGGUUUGCUUUUGUCCCAGCUGCCUUUUCACAUCCAGUCCUUCAGGCCGACAGAGGAGCCCAGCAAACAGGCCAGUGUCAUCCAGGCCACAGGUCUAGCAUCCAGCGCAAAACCGCUUGCACUAGUCAUGCAGCGACGCAGGGACAGAGACGCACCGUCCCCUACAGACCUGCCCUUCUCCCACUCAUCCUCUCCAAAACCACCUUCCCUCACCCCGUCACCCAAGCCUCUGUCUCUGACUUCCUCUCCCACACCGCCCUCCUCCAAAUCCACCCGUCUGAAGACGUGCAAGAAUUACCUCGACCAGACCCUGCUCACCAUUAACAACUUCAGCAAACUCAAACAGUCAUCUCUACCUCAGGCCUUUCCUCCACCAUUGAGAGGUGCACAGAAAUCACAGAGCAGCCAGAAACUUCCGUUCAACAGUCCGUUUCUCCCCUCACUUCCUACGGAGAACCACCAUCACGGCGCGGUGCAGGACGCUCCUCUGGCCCUCAUCACCAAACCUCGCUCCCAGAGCACACACCCCCCUGAUAAACCACUGCUGGCUGCCACCAGCCCCGCGUUCAACACUCCCAUUAACCUCACCACCACGGGACGCACCUCUACCUCGCCCGCUCUGAAGAGAGAGAGACCAUCAUUGGUGGAGCACUUCAGGGGGGCGGAGUCUGAACUCCCUUACAGUAAAGACUCUGAUGAUUCGUUAAUGGAGGACGAGGAUGAAAAUGAUGCUUCAAAUGACAGUCUCUCAGACUCUGACAGCAAUUUAGACACUGAUUCUGAUGAUGAUGAUGAUGAUGAUGAUGAUGAUGGUAAAGAUGAAGAGAUGGACACAGAUUCAGAAAUGGACAGAACGCCACUCAAACUCACCAAAUCCUCAGUGUCUAUACUUGACUCCUCCCACAGCACUAGCCCCGCCCCUCUCAAUCUACAGGUUCAUAAAACACCUGCCACAACCACACCAGCCAUUGUGACCGGCUCUGGGAAUUCAGCCAAUCACAGCCCAGCUUUGUCAUCUUACAGUGUGGUCACACCCCCAGGGAAAAGGAGAAGAGUAGCAGAUGAAUGUGCACUGCGGAAACCUCUAGAAGAUGGAUGGCAGAGGGAGACGCGCAUCAGGAACAUGUCUGGGCGUUUGCGUGGAGAGGUAGCGUAUUACGCUCCAUGCGGCAGAAAGCUCAGACAGUAUCCUGAUGUCAUCAAGUAUUUGACCAGAAACGGGAUCAGCGACGUUACACGUGAUAAUUUUAGCUUCAGUGCUAAAAUAAAGGUUGGUGACUUCUAUGAAGCCAGAGAUGGACCGCAGGGGUUACAGUGGUGCUUACUGAAGGAAGAGGAAGUGGUUCCUCGUAUCUUAGUGAUGGAAGGUCGUCGGGGUCGUCUCAAGAAUCUUGACCCCGCUCGCUCUCGCAGGAAAAGCAGAGCACCUGACGAGAGUGAAGCUGAUGCUGUCAGCAGCACUGAGGCCAAACUACUGCGCAGACGGGAGGCCCAGGAAAUGGCGCGGCAGGCAGCUCAGAUGAAGCUGAUGCGUAAGCUGGAGAAGCAGGUGCUGGCACGAGCGGCUAAAGAGGCCAGGAGACGGCAAGCAAUCAUGGCGGCUGAAGAGCGGCGGAAACACAAGGAACAAAUGAAGAUUCUGAAGCAGCAGGAGAAGUUCAAGAGAAUCCAGCAGGUCCGUUUGGAGAAGGAACUCCGUGCUCGGCAGAUUUUGGAGGCUAAAAGAAAAAAGAAAGAAGAGGCUGAAAAUGCCAAAAUACUAGAAGCUGAAAAACGAAUAAAGGAGAAGGAACUGCGCAGACAGCAGGCCAUCAUCCUGAAGCACCAGGAGUUGGAGAGACAUAGACUAGAUAUGGAGCGGGAGAGACGUCGGCAGCAUGUGAUGUUGAUGAAGGCGAUAGAGGCCAGGAAGAAAGCUGAGGAGAAAGAGCGACUGAAACAGGAGAAACGAGAUGAGAAACGACUGAACAAGGAGCGCAAACUGGAGCUCAGACGGCUGGAGCUGGAGAUGGCCAAAGAGCUGAACAAACCCAAUGAAGACAUGUGUCUGUCAGACCACACACCUCUGCCAGCGCUGUCACGUAUAGCGGGUCUGCUGUUGCCGGGAGGAUGUUUCUCAGACUGUCUUAUGGUCAUGCAGUUCCUGCGCUGCUUUGGAAAGGUCCUGGGGUUUGACCUCAGUGCUGACGUGCCGUCACUCGGCGUGCUGCAGGCAGGGCUUCUGAAUGUGGGCGACAGCAUGGGCUUCAUCCAGGACCUGCUGGUGCGCAUGCUGUCUGCUGUUGUUUGUGACCCAGGACUCCCUGCUGGACACAGGGCUAAGACAGCUCUGGGAGACCAUGUGACUAACGUCGGCCUGAACCGGGACAAUGUGUCCGAGGUGCUGCAGAUCUAUAUGGAAGCUCACUGUGGACAGACUGAACUGGCACCGCUGGCCGAGAGCUUGAAGACCAAAGCUUUCCAGGCCCACACGCCGUCUCAGAAAGCCUCCAUACUGGCCUUCCUGGGCAAUGAGCUGUCCUGCAGCAAGAGUGUGGUCAGUGAGAUCGACAAAAACAUUGACAGUAUGACUAACCUGCGACGAGACAAAUGGGUGAUCGAGGGGAACCUACGGAAACUGAGAAGCAUCUAUGUUAAGAGGACGGGAAAGCGAGAGAGCAGUGUUGGAGGAGAGGAGGGUCAGUCCACCAGUACGCCUGCAAACAGCCGUAAACGCAAGCGCAAAGGAGGGGAGAGUGAUGAAGAUGAUGAGGAAGAUGAUGACAGCGAUGAACAGGGAGAGGAGGAUGAGGAUGAAGAUGAUUUUGUUGGGAAGAAAGGAAAAAAAGCAGAAGCAUGUGAAGAUGAGGAUGAAGGUGAUCAAAUCACAAGCAUUGAGGAGCUGGAGAGACAGAUUGAGAAGCUCCGCAAGCAACAGACUCAGAUCCGUCGGAAGCUGUUCGAGGCCUCUCAUUCCCUGCGCUCCGUGAUGUUCGGUCAGGAUCGUUAUAAGCGACGCUACUGGGUUCUGCCGCAGUGUGGCGGGAUCUUUGUGGAGGGACUGGAGAGCGGAGAGGGUCCUGAGGAAUUGCAGAGGGAGCGUGAGAGGUCGAAGAACGCUCACCUCGUCCAGGUCAAAGAGGAACCUGAUGAAAAAUACGGCACCGCUGAGAGGAAACAAAAACCUCCGCAGGAUGUAGAUUCUCUCAACCUCUUCCUGCAGAAACCGGAUUCUUUCUCCAAGCUCAACAAGCUGUUGGAAGUGGCUAAGAUGUCUUCUGAGGUCUCUUGUCACCAAUACAGCAGCCCAAAACAGCAGACUACAUUACGCAGAACACCUAACCAUGUUGUUAAACCUGAUCUCAGUGAUUCUUGUCUCCUCAACAACACCUACCUCACUAAUGCCCAACAGCAGAUCUGUAACGAGCAGCUUUAUAAGGUUCUGACAGAGAGAAACGCUCACUGGUUCAGUCUGCUGCCUCGCUCUCCAUGUGACGUCUCGUCUCUGACUGAAGGUCCACAUUCAGCAUCAUCUUCCUCACCACAGACCACAGCGGUCUCUGCCGACCCCUACAGCGCUGCGCGGAUCAAUAACUUUUCAUUAGCAGCACUGCAGACUGCACCUCUGUGUUUGCAGUUGAAGUCCGGUGUGCCCAUUGUGCCCAUUACUACACUGGACGCGACAAAGCAUUGUCCUGAGGAAUUGCAGAGGGAGCGUGAGAGGUCGAAGAACGCUCACCUCGUCCAGGUCAAAGAGGAACCUGAUGAAAAAUACGGCACCGCUGAGAGGAAACAAAAACCUCCGCAGGAUGUAGAUUCUCUCAACCUCUUCCUGCAGAAACCGGAUUCUUUCUCCAAGCUCAACAAGCUGUUGGAAGUGGCUAAGAUGUCUUCUGAGGUCUCUUGUCACCAAUACAGCAGCCCAAAACAGCAGACUACAUUACGCAGAACACCUAACCAUGUUGUUAAACCUGAUCUCAGUGAUUCUUGUCUCCUCAACAACACCUACCUCACUAAUGCCCAACAGCAGAUCUGUAACGAGCAGCUUUAUAAGGUUCUGACAGAGAGAAACGCUCACUGGUUCAGUCUGCUGCCUCGCUCUCCAUGUGACGUCUCGUCUCUGACUGAAGGUCCACAUUCAGCAUCAUCUUCCUCACCACAGACCACAGCGGUCUCUGCCGACCCCUACAGCGCUGCGCGGAUCAAUAACUUUUCAUUAGCAGCACUGCAGUUGAAGUCCGGUGUGCCCAUUAUAGAUUUGCCCUUCUGUGCUUGGUCCAAUGGAAAUUUGAGUCCAAACGUGCCGUUCUCUGGUGUUUCCAUGGCUCAGAUUUUCAGAGGCAUUCCCUCAUCCUCAGAGGGCAGUGGACACCUGAACGUCUAUAAGAGCGAUUCUUCAGAGUCUCCAGCAGAGAAACCCAUCUCCACUCCCUCAUUGAUCAUCGAGGUGCCCAAAAACCAGGAUUACCCAUCACCUCAACUUAUUCCUGAAGAGAUGUUGACUGGCUGGUGGAAGGUGACGGACGUCGAGGAGUUACGAUCUAUAGAGAAAGCGUGCCAUUCCCGAGGGAUCCGAGAGAAACAGCUGCAGAAACAGCUGCAGAAACACAUGGACUACAUCGGGCAGGUCUGCAGCAGGAACAGAGAUGGUAGCAUUCUGCAGGUUAAGGGCUGGAUGCAUCCAGCGCCGCAGUCACAGAGUGAAGACCUGCUGUAUUACGAGCACAAACCCGUCGUGCAAAACUGCAAAGACAAAAGCGACAGCGGCAUCGUACGUCGAGCGAACAACCCUCUGGAUAUAGCAGUGACGCGUCUGGCGGAGCUGGAGAGGAACAUCGAGCGAAGGUACCUGAAGAGCCCUUUAAGCAGCACCAUUCAGAUCAGACUGGAUAACGUGGGAACGGUCUCAGUACCGGCCCCUGUGCCAUCACCUGCUAGAGCUGAUGGUGACGGGGCUGAGGAAGAUCUGGCUCCAGGACUGAGACAGUGGCGUAAAGCUCUCGGCGAGGUGCGCAGUGCCAGUCAGCUCUCUCUGUGUCUACAGCAGCUGCACAAGUCCAUCGCCUGGGAGAAGUCCAUCAUGAAAGUGUACUGUCAGAUCUGCUGUAAGGGAGACAACGAGGAGCUGCUGCUGCUGUGUGAUGGAUGUGAUCGAGGCUGCCACACGUACUGCCAUAAACCCAGGAUCACCACCAUACCAGACGGAGACUGGUUCUGCCCAGCCUGCAUAUCCCAGGCGAGCAGUCAGUCCCUGAAGACCAAGCAGGCCUUGAACCGCUCAAGCGGAGGCCUGAAGAAACCUGCUGAGGCCAAGCGGCACAAGAAACCGUCUGUGGCUGGAGACUCAGAGGAGAAUUUGAGCAGCGCCAACAGCACGCCCAGAAAAGUGUCAAAGGACAUGAAAAAGAGGAAGACAGAGGACAGUCCUUCCACUAACCCGGCAAAGCAGGAGAGUCCCAAAACAUCCAGAGACCACAGUAAAGACCUGACCUUGUGCAGAAUACUCUUGGCUGAGCUGGAAAGCCAUCAGGACGCCGGGCCGUUUCUGACACCCGUCAACCCCAAAUCUGUCCCGGGAUACCGCAAGAUCAUCAAGAAGCCCAUGGACUUCUCUACUAUCAGAGACAAACUCACCAACAGCCAGUACUUGAAUCUUGAGACUUUCAUCAUUGACGUGAACCUGGUGUUCGAUAACUGUGAGAAAUUCAACGAGGAUAAUUCAGACAUCGGCCGAGCGGGACACGAGAUGAGACGCUUUUUCCAGAGGAGAUGGACCGAGCUGUUGAGGCAGAACUCGCUGAAACCGGUUCAGAUGAUGGAGAGUCAUUUACACACCAUUCACGCCACACACUCAAACAAAUCAAGUACAGGGACACAACUGUGAGAACAUCAAUGCUUUCAAAAAUAUCUUGUGAAUAUGUUGUUUUUUUUUUUUUUUUAAAUAAACGUUAAUAUUAUAGUCAAUGUACUGUAUUUAAUUUGUCUUUAAUUAUUUAUGACUAAAAAGGUCUUCACUUUCUAUGGAAAAAGAGGCAAAAUUGCUUUAAAAAUCUAAAUGAAUGUGUUUUCUUGAUCAGAUAUGAAAAAAUAACGUGUUUACAAAAUUCUGAGCUCCUAGAGAACAGAAGAUCCAUUAUGGUUACAUUAUAAAGCUGCAUUUAUGUAAAUGUGUAUGUUUUUAAUCACAAACUCCAAAACAGGCCAUCGUGACAUAUGACUAUUAAUGUUUAAUAUCGGUUCUGAAUAUUGUAUUCUGUGCACACAAGACUCCAGCAUCGUUUAUGACUUUUUAAUAGUUGUAUCUUGUCAUGUGUUUUAAUACGGCACUUUCUGAAAACAGCAGUGCCUUCAGAAAUCCUCCGUUUUUACAACUUCUCCAACCUCAAUCAAUCUAUUCCGAUGCAGGAGCAUUCAUCCAGUGUUUGCUGGAUUUUUUACAUCAUCAUUGCUAUCGCUCAUAUACAAUGCAACAAUAAAACGGAUGAAAAAACCCUCCAAACCGUAUCUAGAAAUCAGAAUUUUCUUCUAUUUUUUUUUUAUUUUGCAACUGCCUAGCAAACACUCUUGCGUUGUGACGGCAAAUUUUGCGCGUGCAAAAGUGCUGUUGAGAUAAAGAAAUCUAGUUUACGUGAUAAUUAAUGUAAUGAACUGCAGUGAUUUUUAUGGUACUAAAGUCAGAAUACUUGAAUUCUCCUGUGUGAAGAUAUUGCAAUGGAGGUGUAGCGUUCUGUUUUGUAGGAGUUUUAUUUUUCUCUAGUUUGUGUCGAAUAUUUAAUAAAAUGUUUUCAAGCAGCCUGGUUG